CCUGCUUUGUACAAAUUCCUUCUUCUUUAAAAUACUAUGUGUCAAUAAAAAAUGUAAUUGAAAAAAAUCCAGGAUAUCAACAAAUUACUUACGAGACUGUCAUAUGUCUUCAUCAAUUUUGUGCAUAUCACAAAACUGUUUUCUCACCACCAUGUCCAGCCUGGAGGAACCUCUAGGUCUUGAUAAGUUGCCAAGCAUGAGUACCAUCAACAGGAUCCAGAGGUUCUCGUCAAGUGCUUGUCGGCCCAGAGUUGAUGACAUGGGCUUGGGAAACUGCUGGAUUGAAGGGAGAAGUUGCAGCACAUCCAAUAGCUGCAAUGAAGAAUAUGAGGAGUGUGCUAGAGAGGCUUACCCAUGGCGAAGGCAUACACAAGAAAAGUUUGAAGAUGACUCCUUCAGUCGAAGCAAUUUAAGUAUAAGAAGGAAUCAUGCAAUAUUUGGAAAUUCUUUUUGCUCAAAUCACUCGGCGGAUCAGCAGUAUAACUCCAUGUGCAAUGGUAGAGAUAUCCGAGACAUAACAAAUAAGUUCUUUAAAGGUUUACCAAAGUUUGUGAAGAUAGUUGAAGUUGGUCCGAGGGAUGGGCUACAGAACGAGAAGAAUAUGGUACCAACAUCUGUAAAGGUUGAAUUAAUUUCAAGACUUGUAUCUUCAGGGUUGCCUGUAGUUGAGGCUACAAGUUUUGUAUCGCCUAAAUGGGUUCCUCAGUUAGCAGAUGCAAGAGAUGUGAUGGAAGGAGUUCGUAAUCUAGAGGGUGCUAGACUGCCUGUUCUUACACCUAAUAUGAAAGGCUUUGAAGCAGCUGUUGCUGCAGGUGCUAAGGAAGUAGCUGUCUUUGCAUCAGCUUCUGAAUCCUUCUCAAAGUCAAACAUCAAUUGUAGCAUUGAGGAGAGUCUUGCUCGCUAUCGUGCAGUUACUUCUGCUGCAAAAGAGCUUUCAAUCCCUGUUCGUGGUUAUGUAUCUUGCGUUGUCGGAUGUCCAGUAGAAGGAGCAAUUCCUCCUUCUAAAGUUGCAUAUGUGGCAAAAGAGCUUUAUGAAAUGGGUUGCUUUGAGAUAUCUCUCGGUGAUACAAUUGGAGUGGGUACACCCGGUACCAUUGUUCCCAUGCUUGAAGCUGUAAUGGCUCUUGUACCUGUUGAUAAGCUAGCUGUUCACUUCCAUGACACUUACGGACAAUCUCUUCCAAAUAUAUUGGUUUCCCUCCUCAUGGGGAUCAGCACAGUGGAUUCUUCCGUAGCAGGUUUAGGUGGGUGUCCAUAUGCCAAGGGAGCUACCGGAAACGUUGCUACAGAAGAUGUUGUUUAUAUGCUCAACGGCCUCGGUGCAACGACCAAUGUAGACCUUACAAAGCUCUUGUUGGCUGGGGAUUUCAUCAGCAAGCAUUUGGGUCGUCAAUCUGGUUCUAAGACGGCAGUUGCAUUGAGCCGAACUACCAGCUGAUGACUGAUGAUGCUGCAAGUGCAAGUAUACAGAAACCGGCUGUUGUAAUCAAGUUUUUUUUUUUUUUCGAUGAGUGGGAAGUGAAGGCGAAAAUUCCCCGCAUAAAUUCUUGUAUAAUCAGCGUGAGGCUUAUGUAAGUAGUAGUAUAUAAAAGGAAUAAAUACAACAAACCAGAAGAAAUUCUUGUAACUCUCAACUUGUAUAUCUGGAGUUGAAGAUGCUUAUAUAUGUAAAAACGAAUAAACACAACAAAACCCAGAAG